UAAAUAAAAUUAUUUGUAAAGAGGAAUCUGUGACUGUGAGCUCUCGUGCACCUUAUCCCCAUAAGAGUACCACCCAAUUCUCUCAGUUCCCUGCUCUGUGAUUCUUCUCCUCUCUUUCUUCCUCGAUCAUGAUUUCCUCCAACUUCUCCGUUUAAGUUGAUAUCUGGUUUGGUAUGGUAAGAACCGAAAUUGAAUUGAUAUGACUGUUCAGAGGAUUUUGAAGAAUGUACAGGUUUGGGAUUAACAUGUUUCUUAGAGCAAGUGGGGAUUAUUUUUGAGGAAAAUGGGGUAUGCUAUGAGUAGAUUGGAGAUAGAAUCUGAGUUCUUGGAUGGUGGUCCGGUCGUCAGUGAAGUUGGGGCCAGUCAUGGGGCAGAUGAACCGUUCGGUGAUUUGGACCAUGAGGUUGCUCAGCUUACAAAGCUCAGAUCAGGACCUCAUGAAGGGUUGAGCCAUGUCAUGCCUGGAAAAAGGGGGUUGCCUGUUUCUACGGUGAAGAUGUUGGCAGGGCGGGAAGGGAAUUAUUCAGGGAGGGGGAGAUUUACAUCUGCUGAUCGUUGUCAUAUGCUUAGCAGAUAUUUGCCUGUUAAUGGACCAUGGUUAGUAGACCGGAUGACAACCCGGGCUUAUGUCUCGCAGUUUUCACGUGAUGGUUCUUUAUUUGUUGCUGGGUUUCAGGGAAGCAACAUUAGAGUAUACAAUGUAGAUAGAGGCUGGAAAGUGCAGAAGAACAUUCUUGCCAAAAGUUUGCGGUGGACGAUUACUGACACAUCUCUUUCCCCGGAUCAGCAUUAUCUUAUUUAUGCCAGCAUGUCACCCAUCAUCCACAUUGUUAAUGUUUCAUCUCAAGAAACUGACUCCCUUGCAAAUAUUACGGAGAUACAUGAUGGUUUGGACUUUUCUGCCAUUGAUGGUGUAAGGCAUUCUUUUGGAAUAUUCUCUGUAAAAUUCUCAACUGAUGGACGAGAACUUGUUGCUGGAAGUAAUGACGACUCCAUAUAUGUUUAUGAUCUCGAAGCAAAUAGGCCUUCCCUUCGAAUACCUGCACAUGCUGCUGAUGUUAAUACCGUAUGCUUUGCGGAUGAAAGUGGCCAUCUAAUAUAUUCUGGGAGUGAUGACAAUCUUUGUAAGGUGUGGGAUAGACGCUGCUUUAUUGAGAAAGGGAAGCCAGCAGGGAUCCUGAUGGGACACCUAGAAGGUAUUACAUUUAUUGACAGCCGGGGAGAUGGUCGUUAUUUCAUUUCAAAUGGAAAAGAUCAGACUAUCAAACUUUGGGAUAUCCGUAGAAUGUCUGCUAAUGCUACUUGCAACUUAGGGCAUCGGAAUUAUGAAUGGGAUUAUAGAUGGAUGGACUACCCAGAUCAGGCUAGAGACAGGAAACACCCACAGGAUCUAUCAGUGGCUACAUAUAGAGGUCACUCAGUCUUGGGUACUCUUAUUCGCUGCUACUUUUCCCCAGCAAACAGCACGGGUCAAAAAUACAUCUACACAGGAUCUCACGAUUCUAAUGUUUACAUUUAUGAUGUGGUGAGUGGAGAGCGAGUAGCCUUACUCAGGCACCAUGGUUCAAUUGUAAGAGACUGUAGCUGGCAUCCUCAGUACCCAAUGCUCGUCAGCUCGUCUUGGGAUGGGGAUGUCGUCAAGUGGGAAUUCCCCGGAAAUGGAGAAGCACCAACCCCUGCAAACAAGAGGAGAUUGCGGAGGUAUUACAACUUAUGAAGAAUGAUUACUGCAUAUAACAUCUGUAAGCUAUUUAUGAUGGUAUAUGAUGGUCGUUUGUGUAGCAGCUCCAGUUAUUUUACAUGAUCAAAUAAGUUGUAAGCCUUGCUCACAAAACAUGGAUUAUAGGCUUCCAAAUUUGUAAAAUUUCAGCUGUACAUAAAUAAUCAGGUGAAGAUUAUGAUCUCCAUGCAAUGUAUACAGUUGAUGAUUCAAGAUUCAAGCCAUUGCGGCGCAAUAUAUACGACUACUGCUACACCCAUUUUCUUGAUGUACACAUGUACAUUGAGACGUUUUAAUGAUUAUGGAUUUGGUGCCAAUAUAAUUAUUUCAGAAAAUGAAUGUUGGUGGUAGUUUAUUGCUUGGAGUAAUGCGUCUGGUGAUGCUCUGGUCUUUGUAUUUUUUUGAGUGGAUAGGAACUUGGAACAGUCAUUAAACAGGUUGCAAAUGGCAUGGACCACUUCAGAAUCCACGGUUUCUCCCUGAUUUUCUGGCUUUUGGGUAUUAUACAAAGAGGAACAAUUCUCAUCAAAGUUGUAAUUUAAACAGGUAUAUAGGAAAAAUUUUCUCUUCAAUUUGUAUCGGCAAAUGUCAGUUUGGACUGAAAAUAAUACGUUUGCCUUUAA